GCGGCUGAUCGCCUACGAGAUGUUGGGUAAUCCACCGGCGGUGUUGCAUUAAUUAACCCCAACGUCCGAACUUGAUCAACGUCUGACCACUAAAAGAGGGAUUCAUUUCACAUCACCAUCAUGAGUGCUACAACCCAAUCCAGGCCCCGUAUCGUGGCCAUCUCGUUAAAAUAUGAGUCCUCUCUUGACGAGACAUACGCAAGCUUGUUCACUCAACUCCUUGAGAACGCAAGUGUCCAACGGGCCAAAAAGCCGGCCAGCGCCCUUGACCUCUUACAACAGCACCCGCCCCCCGCCGCCGUGCUCAUUACGGACCAAGGCCUCACCGAAGGGCAUCCCAACGUAUGGGAUGCCGUCAUCACUUAUGUUCGCCAGGGCGGAACCGCCAUCGCUAUGGGUCAUUUCAGCAGCUUUGUCAAGCCCGACAAUAUCCGGCCCUUCUUCACAAAAGCCGGCUUAGACUGGGACAGUGGUGUCUACCACCGAACCACCGUCACGCUCAACCCACAGGUAGCAGGCAGCGCUGCGGCAAGACUUCCGGCUCGGUACAGCCAGAAGGCCCUGUUUCUAAAGGGAGUGCAUCCGACUGCGGUCAUGUACGGACCUGACCAGACCUCCGUCACCGAAUCGCAUGUCUUCCCUUCUGAGAGAGUUAGAGAUUUGACGCAGGCUGCAAUCUCUUUUGCGCAAGUUGGCAAUGGCAAGAUUGGAUAUGUCGGAGAUGUGAACGUUGAAGAGGGAACGGACGCUGCUAUUUUGGCCAUGUGUGGUUUACUGGUCUAACUCAGCUGUAUAUCCUCUUGCACCGGUGGACAGUGUCACUGUGUGCGGCUGCCGCUCAGGCUCUGGCCGUGAUAGUAUCCUCAUCAGCCAUGCAUUCGCAGCCGAAGCCUCUGCGACGUCCUUGUGGCUUUGGCUGCACCGCUUCGGAUUUGUGCCCUGCUCGCAAUGGUGCGGGGCGCAGAAUAUUGGGAUCCCUGGUUUCAUUGUCCUCGACAUGCCUCACUUUCGAAGGGUCCACACACACAACUAAUUAACUAGUGACCCCUUGUGCAUCCCUCAAGGCAUCCCUCAAGGCAUCCCAAAGGCCAUACCUGAAAGGGAUCCCUGUACACCCCCGUAUGCACCCCUCAAAGACAUCCCCCAAAGGACAUCCCCCAAAGGACAUCCCUGAAAGGGAUCCCUGUACACCCCCGUAUGCACCCCUCAAAGACAUCCCCCAAAGGGCAUCCCCCAAAGGGCAUCCCCCAAAGGGCAUCCC